GAUAAUAUAUAGGACUAAACCAUAAAGAGAUCAACAUAUAGGACCAAAAUUACAAUUUUUCCUAUUAAUAAAUGGACUCAAGCGAAAUUUUGACGUGGAAAAGGAAAAAAAAGAGACCAAUUUGAUUAAAUUUUGGCAUCUAAUGACAGUUUUUAAAGUACUAAUUACAAAAUUACCAGUCUAAUUAAUGGUUUAAUAUUCUCGUGCUUUCUUUUGGUUGGUGGGUGGGCGGCGGCAAAUGCAAGUUAAAAAAAGAAGUUAUCCGCAGAAAAGUCGUGACUCACCAAAAACACUUGUUAGCCUUGUCACGCCCAUCCACUCACCUUCCGCCACGUGUAUUCCUCUUCCCCCUCACGUGUCACCCUCCCCAAAAACCCUACCCCCAAUUUCCCCCCGUCCCCGAUUCGCCACCAGCAAGCACCAUGUUCGUUGAUUUGAUUUUAAUCAGAUAGAUAAUCCGAUCACCCACACAGCAAUUCACGCGUGUUUUAUUUUUCUGCUUUUUUCCUUGAAUUUUUAUUUGAGCAAGGGGGAAAAAAUUAGGGUUUUCGUAUUUAUUUAUUUAUUUAUUCUCAGGCAAAGAAUUAGGUAAAUUAAAGCGCAGCAGGUACUGCUGUCGGAGCCAUAGUUUUGCCCGUUAAUCGGGUAACCGUUAGAUCUCAGGCAAAGAGUGUGCGUGUGUGUGUGUGUGGCGUUAUAGAUAAAGUAUAAUACUAUUUGACAGCCAUACCAAAACCUCGUCUGUCUGACUUGGACUCCAUUCGUUCCACCUCAGUUGCUCUUUUUUCAGACCAGAUUUUUCAAGAAUACAAAGAUCUUGUCUCGAUCUUUUGUUUUAAUGGGGGCUGGGGAAGAGGGCACACCUGCAAAAUCUUCCAAACCUGCAUCCACAGUACAGGAAGUUCAAGGUACCCCUACUGCGCCUACGCCUGCAUAUCCUGAUUGGGCGAGCUCUAUGCAGGCUUUCUAUGGUGGUGGAGCAACACCGCCUUUCUUCGCUUCGACUGUGGGCUCUCCUACUCCUCAUCCUUUCAUGUGGGGUGGCCAGCAUCCUCUAAUGCCGCCUUACGGAACACCGAUUCCAUAUCCAGCUAUGUAUCCACCUGGGGGUGUCUAUGCUCAUCCUAACAUGGUUAGGGCUUCCGUCAAUGUACAUGCAUCCGAAUUAGAUGGGAGAGCUACAGAGGGGGGUAAGGAUCGUGCCUCGACCAAAAAAAGCAAGGGUAAUUCGGCAAAUCAUGGCUUGGUUAGUGGUAAAACUGGAGAUGGUGGGAAAGCAACUUCAGGCUCUGGAAACGAUGUUGGUACACAAAGUGCUGAAAGCGGGAGCGAAGGUUCGUCAGAUGCGAGUGAUGAUGAAAAUCAGGAUUUUUCGGGUAACAAGAAAGGAAGCUUUGACCAGAUGCUUGCCGAUGGGGCAAAUGCUCAAAACAAUGGUAUUCCAGCUAAUUUCCAACCUGGCAAUACUGUAGCUUCUGUGCCCGCAACUAAUCUGAACAUCGGGAUGGAUUUGUGGAAUGCAUCACCUGCUGGUGCAGUGCACCCGAACCAGCCUACCGUAGCUCCAGCUGGCGCCAUGAACGAGCACUGGGUUCAAGAUGAACGUGAAUUGAAAAAACAAAAGAGAAAGCAAUCUAACCGGGAGUCUGCUCGUAGAUCAAGAUUACGCAAGCAGGCUGAGUGUGAAGAACUGCAGCAGAGGGUGGAGGUAUUGAAUAACGAGAAUCGCACUCUCAGAGACGAAUUACGGAAGCUUUCUGAGGAAUGCGAGAAAGUCACAUCUGAAAAUAACUCUAUAAAGGAGGAGCUAUCGAGGUUUAGUGGGCAAGACGACGUAGAGAAUAAAAGCUCCGAGAUGCAUAAAUCUCAGUAGGGAUGUGAAGGUAACUGUUAGAACAGGCGUGCGUUAUUACACAGUAGAUUACGCUUUCUCUAAUUUGACGAGUGUCCGAGAAAUUUAUUUCUAGGUUCAAUCCAAAGUUAAGAAAAGCUUGUUGUGCCUACUAAUUCUAUACUAUAUGUAACCCCCAUCCAUCACUUCUACACUACUGUUGUAGCAUUAAUACAUGUAUGUUAUUUAGUUAGUUAGGUAGAGCUUUAAGCAUCAACAAAUUCUGUUUGCUUUUUGGUGUGAAAGUUGAUUCGGAAGAGUAUCUGACAUGGUUUUCGUCCGUCUUCUUAAGUGGCUUCGUAUUACGUGUAUGCAUGUGUAUACUUUUUGUGAAUGUACGAUGAUUUGCUUGGAGAUUGAUUUGAGGAUUUUGUGAGUUGCAUCAAUAUAGAGGUGCAACGAGUUCG